ACUCUCAACCGUCAGGACGUGCUAACAAAUCCGAAAGAUAAAACGCCAAGCGUUAAGCGUUAAAACAAAAACCUACUGUGAUUAUAAAAUUCUCAUGCUGAACAGCAAAACUGUGAGAUCGUGCAACACGUCGAACAAAACCCAACCAAUGUUAAGCAAAAUGGCUAGCAACACAAGCAGUGGAGGAGGAGGCUCCGGAGGCACUAGUUCGGGACGUCGUAUACCACUCUCGCUAAGCGGUGGCUCUACCGUUUCCCGCCUUCAACAGUCAUCAGGCAGCAAUGGGCGCUCGAAUAGUCCCCAAAAUGGCAACAAAAAGAUCACAGAGUCUUUUCUACCGGUGAAGAAGACCAACCAACCGCGAACGUCAUCCACCAGCUCCUCUUCUUCAAGCGGAUCUAACCAAAACGGUGCCAGCAAGUCCAGUAACGGCAAGGAGAAGCCUCAGAACGGUAGCUCCACCAGCAAAGACCAAAAGGAACAAAAAUCAAAGGAUAAGGUUCUGGAAAAAAAAGAUGUUGACGAGAAGAAGGAUAAGGAGGUGAUCGAUGAAAAGAAAGAAAAAGAGGUGGUAUCUGAAAAACAGAGUAAGGAAAAAGUAGCCGAGAAAGAGGCUAUAGAGAUUUCCUCUGAGAAUAAAGAAAGCCAGGAAGAGACCAAAAAGGAAGCUACUGCUGAAUGUAUCACACCCGCUCCUCAACCAGAUACGGAUGUUGUGGUCAUUGAUGAUGAAGUAGAGAUUAUUCCAGAUCUUAGCACUCCGACAAAGGAACGCAAAUCCACACGCAAGUCGGGCAGCCACCAAAAGUCUCCGAGCAGCAACCCAAGUCCUGCUUCGCCGACACAGAAGAAAGAACCUGAAACAGCUCCGUCGUCGUCUGUUGGCUCUUUGACUCCACAGGAGGAUGUGGAAAUGGAAACUCUACAAGUCGAUGCCUCGCCAAUACGCAGCGUCCACGGCGAUUUGAAUGCAUUGCCGGCAGCUACAUCCACCCCAGGACGCCGUCUUUUCAGUUUCCGUGGUAGCAACAAACAGACCAACGAGGUGGAGCUGGCUACCCAGACUUCCAGUUCGCCGGCAGGAACUCCAGCCCGCACUUUUGCUCAGAUCAGCGGCAGGCGGAGCAUACGACCCAUUGAUUCGUUGACGCCAUCAAAAGUAGGUACCUACAGGUGCGGUAACAGCGAUUUGGACACCUCCAACUGCACGAACGCCAGCAUGAAUGCCACUGUAGGAUCGGAGAUUCCCAACAGCUCUUCAUUUUCGUUCUCAUUCUUUGGACGUGGACGCAAACGCGAGCGCACUCCACCGCCACUUUCGGCAUCUCAGUCGACCAGUGAUAUUGGCCAGGACGUAGAAAUGUCGCCUCCUAAGCGCGCCCGCUUCGACUUGUUCAGCCUGAAUUUGGCAUCGCCAUUCAGUCUGUUGCGCUCAAGAUUCUCCAAGACGACAAUCAGUUCUCCAUCCCGUGUGCGGCUGGAUCUGAACGGUUCCGGUGUGGAGGAGCAACAAAUAAUCACAUCCGCGAACAGUGUGCCUGAAGAGGUUGAAGUGGAGGAAGAGCAGGCUCCCGAAAAUGUGACUGUGGGCCAGGAGGCCGGUGUAGAGACUCCCAAGAAGGGCGGCUCGCCCAUUAAGGAAAUCCCUGAUGAGAAGGAUGUCGAGGGCAAGAACGUCGAUGGCCAGGAUGUCGAUGAAAAGUCUAGCGAUGGGGAAAAUGUUCCCCCCGUUGGCGAGGUAGCCGAUGUGGCCGGAACUGAGGGCCGAUCCCGCUGCUCAAUUAUGUAAUACGACAAAAAGACCCCUCCCUUAGUUCAUAAGUUUAUGUCUUACCAUAUCCGUUUCGCCCUCUUUUUGGUAAUUUGUGUUCAGACGUACAGAGUUACAUGUUAAGAGAGUGCUGCCGCAACAACGUUUGAUAGCCAGGUCUGUAUGGGUAUUUUCUAAUAAAGAAAACCCUGAUCAGGUCCCAGGUUUUAUGUAAUUUGGCAGAGAUUCCUUGCUGGUUGGCUUAUCUUUGUGAAUAUCAAAGUCGUAGUCAACCAUCGACGAAUCGGAUAAUCAGUACCCAGGCAAUUUGGGUACCAAAACCGAAAAAAAAACAAUAUUUGUAGAAAUCUGUGUAAGGACUUUUAUAUGCUAACACAUAGUUGUGAAAAUUUGUCAUCUUUUCGCCAAUAAAGUACUUUGUUUUAAAUAUUCAAAAGAAGAAA